ACUGAGGAUGCUCUAAGAAAAAUUAAUACAAUGAUACAAGAAAAUCCUGAACUUGAAAAGUUUAUGGAAGUAGUGCAACUAGAACUUGAAGUUAUGAAACAGAAUGGUGUAAAAUUGCCCUCAGAAUUAACUCCUGUGCACUGGUUGGACAUCCUCAUCACAAAAUCUAGAAAAAACAGGAGAAAAUACUUUGAGUUUUUAUUUAAAUUGGAAAGGACAAAAGAAAAUCGCAAAAAGACGAAAGAAGAGAAGAACGCGCUGUUAAAGAUACACAAGCAAGAGAGAAAAGAAGCCGGAGUUAGGACUGAUGUUAUGGAGUACCGUAUUGGAAGAAACUUUCUUUUUAGACAUAUUUCUGACGUGACGAUGAAUAAAUUGUGGAAAUGGAAUGGCCUUAAAUCUACCAUGUGGGGUAAUAAAAUAGUUUUUGAUUUCAGCUAUGAACAAUACAUGAGGCCUCAAGAAAUCAGAAGCUGUGCCAAACAGAUCAUGGAAUCUUAUGCCAUCAACAGAGUGCAUGACUUUCCAUUCAACGUUUAUUUAUGUAAUGUUGAUUUAAAUGGUCCAUUGAUGACGAGUUUAGUUAAAUGUAUUCCAAGCUUAUUUGAUGAUGACUUUCCAUGGACUGUAUCAUCAAAGUCGUUUAUUGAACUUUUUAAUAAAGAUUCAGUUGUUUACCUAACAGGGCACAGUAAUGAAACACUACAGGAAUAUGAUCGCAAUUCAAUUUAUAUCAUUGGAGCUUUUGUUGACAAGAGUUACAAACAACCUGUCUCAUUGACAAAGGCAAAAGAAUUGGGCGUUCGAACAGCAAAAUUACCUUUAGAUCGUUAUUUGCAUUUUGGCGAAGGUUCAAACAAAAAUUUGACUCUCAAUCAAGUAAUGGGCAUCAUGUUGGAUGCGCAAUUCAAAAAUUGGAAAAAAGCCGUAGAACAUGUACCAAAGAGAAAACUCUAUGAAUCUAGACUCAAAUCAAUGGAAAAAAAAUUAGAGAGAGAUAGAGAAAAAGCAAGAGUAGCGGCAAUGUAGUUAACAGUGCUAAAUUUAAGUUAUAAUGCCUGUGCAAAGCUGCAUGACGGUUGUUAGUGGAGAGUGAUGUUAUACAGCAUUCAUGUAAAUACGUGUAUUA